AUGAACUCAGACUUGGAGAACGAAAAGGGGGGCAGUGUCCCAAUUGGUGGUGUUGAGGUCGAAAACCAUGCCGGUCCACGGGUUGUUGACCUAGAGACCGAGAAGAAGAUAUUGAGGAAGCUUGAUAUCCGUAUCAUUCCUAUGGUGAUGUGGAUUUAUCUCAUGAACUUCAUGGACAGAGUCAACAUCGGCAACGCUCGUCUCUAUGGUCUCGAAGAAGAUCUUGGUAUGCAGGGUGACCAAUUCCAACUGGCCGUUUCGAUCUUGUUUGUGACCUACUGUAUCUUUGAAGCACCCUCCAACCUGGUCAUCAAAAGACUGCAGCCAGCUCGAUACCUCGCCGGCUUGAUGUUUGCGUGGGGUAUCGUUGCAACUUUCACUGCAUUCGUCAACAACCUCGGGGCUCUUAUUGCCUGUCGUUUGCUUCUGGGUCUUUUCGAGGCUGGCCUUUUCCCAGGAGUCAUCGUCUACCUGACUAUCUUCUAUUCGAAGCGAAGCAUUGCCCUUCGAACCGCAUACUUUUUCUCCAUGGCUGCAGCAUCAGGCGCCUGCGGUGGCUUCGUUGCAUAUGCCAUUGGCUUCAUCGACGGAGCUGCCGGCUGGAGAGCCUGGAGAUGGAUUAUCCUGAUCAACGGCAUCCCAACCGUCCUCACUGCCUUUCUAGUCCCAUUUGUCCUUCCCAACAGCGUCGAAACAGCCUCAUUCCUCACCGAAGAAGAUAAAGCAAACAUGAUCCUCAUCCGAGAAGCCGAGAUUGGUUCGACCAGCAAGGCUCAACAACUCCACUGGGAAGAUGUCAAGGCAGGCUUGCUAGACUGGAAGACAUAUCUCUUCUCGGUUGGACAAUUCUCCAUCAACACCAUGGUCUACAGCUUCAGUGUCUUCUUGCCUACCAUCAUCCGAGGCUUGGGAACAUGGAGCACAGCUGAGGUUCAGGCCUUAACCAUUCCUGUAUUCGCCCUUGGAGCCAUUGUCUACCUGACCUGCGCCUGGGCUAGUGACCGCCUCCAACAACGAGGAAUCUUUGUGGUUGGUGCUAGCAUCACCGCAAUCAUCGGCUACUGUCUACUUGUUUCCAACUACAACAACGCCACCAGCUUUGCAGGUUGCUUCUUCGUCAGCAUGGGAUGCUUCACCGCGGCUGGUAGUGCUUUGGUAUGGCUGAACUCCAACAACCCUCGUUGGGGCAAGCGAGCAGUUUCCAGCGGUAUGCAACUCAGUAUUGCCAACGCUGCCGGCGUUUCUGCCCCGUUCCUGUUCAGCAACAAGUAUGCUCCUUCUUAUAUCCCAGGCUAUGCCGCCAGUAUCGGCCUGCUCGGCCUCCAGGCUUCUCUCCACACCUUCAUUUGGUUCUACUGGAGAAGAGCUAACUCGAGGAAACUCGCUGGCAAAGAAGACUGGAGAAUGGAAGGCUUGACCGAAGAGGAGAUUUCUGAAUUGGGAGAGCACAACCCAAGAUAUAUCUACUCCACUUGA